UGAGAAGACUGAGGGAGGAGUGCUGGGCCUUGAGGGCAGCUAAGGACGAGGGGGAGCGGGCCAUGGCACAGGCGCUGGCUGAACAUGCGGAGAUGGUGGAGGAGGUGGGGAGGAUGGAGGGGGAGAUCAUGAGGCUGCGGGCUGAAGAGAGGGAGAAAGCAGCAGAACUGGGUCUUCAGAACGGAUGGCUGAGGGAGUGGCAGAGGGGGGAGCAGAGGGAGCAGAGGGAGCAGAGGGAGCAGAGGGAGCAGAGGGAGCAGAGGAGGAGCAGAGGGAGCAGAGGGAGGAGCAGAGGGAGCAGAGGGAGGAGCAGAGGGAGCAGAGGGAGGAGCAGAGGGAGCAGAGGGAGCAGAGGGAGGAGCAAAGGGAGCAGCAGAGGGAGGAGGGAACCACUGUUGCUGGAAGCCAAGAGGAGCAAACACGUGGGGCUGGCCUGGCAGUAGCGG